CAGAAAUAUGAUCAUAUCUUCUAAAAUUGACACAGAGCUUGAAGCAAGGUUUCAGAGAAAGUUUGAUAGAUGCAAGAGGAAAGAAGAAUAUAAAGAUCGAGUACAGAAGAGCAACGAUUCGAUAAUUCGUGACAACAAAGAAAAAAUUGGGGAAAAAAGGCAAUGGAAUCACAACUUUUUUCCUAACAAUGAUAUAAAUUUCAAUUUCGCAAGUGAGGAACCUACAGAACCUAAAAACUACAGAACCUAAAAAAACAAGAGCUGAAUCACAAUUAGAUGCUGGAAGUGUAAUUGCUAAGUCGGAAGAUUUUGUCCCAAAUAAAAAUGUUAAUUUUCACGAAGCAAGCUCAAAAAGUAGACAUCAGUUUAGACCAUCAUAUUUCAGAGUAGAAAAGGAGAUAACCAGUGAAGGUCUCAUUGCAGCAACAACUUCCACCAGUAUAAGGGCUGGUCUCAGCAUUUGAGAUCAAACCCUUUUUAUUGCAAGCGUAGUAAACUAUUUAGGAGGAGAUGUUAAACAGCUAAAGUUAAGUAGAGAAUCUGUCAGAAGGCGACGUUACAGAUUUUUAGAAGAGGAAGGAGGCCAGAUACGUAAUGAAUAUAUUAAUUUAAUGGCUAACAAGAUGUUAGUUUUACAUUUUGAUGGUAAAGUUUUAAAGCAUAUUGAGGAGGACACUAGACAGGCAACUACUGCAGAUAGACUAUCAGUAUCUGUUACUAGCCCAGAGUUUGAAACCAAAGAUGAUCUUUUACACGGUGUUGUGCCAACUGAUAGUGGUAAGGGAAUUGAUAUGGCUAUAAGUAUUAUGAAUCUCCUAGAAUAUUUUGAAAUUUGUGACUAUAUUGUAGGAUUCUGUUCUGACACCACAGUAAGUAACACUGGAUGGAAAUCUGGUGCAAUAACUAUUAUGGCAAGAUUUCUUGGUAAACCAUUUCUUUGGUUAUUGUGUAGACACCAUAUUGCCGAAAUAAAUAUUACUUGGGCUUUAAAGGCAAUUUCAAUGGAAAUGUCUAAAGCCCCUGCGAAUAAGUUACUAAAAGAUUUUCAGCAGAAAUGGAUAGCAGAAUUUUUUCCUAAAGUUUCAGCUAGUGGUGCUGUAGAAAAGUUCAAACGAUUUCUGAGCAAGACCUUAUUGUUGGCAGUGAUCUCUGCAAACUCUAUUUGAAGUCUAAAAAGUUUGUUACUAAAGCACUAGAGCAUGAUAUCUUCCCCAGGUAUGUAAAAAUAAUAUAAAAUGAAUUAAUUUUUUCAUAAAUAUACUUUUUUUUUGAAUACUUGGCGUAUUACAUGAAUGUUAAGUCUGAGAAAUUAAAUAAUUUUCACAUCUAUCAGCCUGGCGCCUGUCACAAUGCAAGGUUUAUGGCCUAUGCAAUAUAUUUUCUAAUGCUCGAUAUGACAUCCACAGUCGUUGAAUAUCUGACUCCUGAAAAAAAACAUAUGGUCUCAAGGGUAGCAUUUAUUGUUGCUAUUUAUUAUGGACCUGCCUUUCUUAACUCAGGCAAAGCAGAGCAUGCUGUUCUGAAUGAUUUUAAUGCAUUCAAAAUUGCUGAAACAAUUAAAACAGAAUGGGAUUAUGAAGUUGGAAACUCACUUCAAAAAUGCAUGAGUAACCACACAUGGUAUUUGUCUCCUUAAGUUGUCGUACUAUCGUUAGGUGAUCCUUAUAUGAAAGCAGAUGCUAAGCGUUUAAUCAUUCAGAAACUUUUAAAAUUUCCAAUUCCUGAGUUAUCAGAGAUUUUUGUUACAGCUCCUUCUGCUGUUAACGUUACCAGUGAUAGUCGAUUAGAGGAUUUAAUUACGAAGGAGAGUUGGCUAUUUUUUAUACAUACAGGUCACACCGAAUCUGUUCGAGAGUGGCAUACUUCAAUUGAUUUCUUAGCGCUAGAUUCAUACAAAAAUUUUGCUCAGUUAGUUUGCAAUCUUAGUGUGACCAACGAUUGCGCAGAAAGAAAUAUUAGUUUAAUUGAAAACUUUGUUCACAGUUCCCACAAUAAGGAUCAGAGACAGAACAUUCUUUUGGUAGUCAGAGAGCACAGAAAGCUUUUAACAAAAGAUGUGUCGCUUAAGGAACUGGUAAAGCUAAAACCUAGAGUUGAAAAAUUAUUGUAAAAUAAUAGCUAACUGUAUGAAACUAUAAACAGUAUUUUUUUUCUUGUAAGAUCAAACAAAAGUUUAGAUAUAAACAUAUUUUAACCGGUAAAAAAUGACAUAAAGUUCAGCCAAUCCUCAAUAUUUAAAAAAUUACAUGUAGCACUUCUAACGAAUAAAAAUAAGUGAUACUUUGUUUUUAGACUAACUGAAUGUUGUAGAACAGGAUAAGCAACUGCGGUUAUUGAUUUUUGAAAAAUUUUAUUUUUCGACCCUACUUUGUGUCACCCUACUGUGCAUCUUCUAGCUUUAUGAUUUUUUUAUGUAAUAUAAAACGCAUGCCAGAAAAUCAUCAAGCGUACAGUUCUAUUAAUUUAAGUACAUCCAACAAAAGCAGUAAAAUUCAUCAGAAGGUUUCAACCACCAUAAAAAAAUGGCAUGGUUCAUACAGUAGUUUUCUUGCCACAAAACAACUACAAUCUUCUUCUUAGUCUUUUCUUUAAGUUUUUUAAAAUAACUCUUACAUUCAGUAAUGUUGAAUGAAAAAGUCUCAUAACCUUUUACAUUAAUUUUUCUUCCUUUUCAAUUGCUUCAAUAUUAACAUGAAAGACAAAUCAAAGAAUGCAAAAUCCAAAAGUAAACAUUUGAAAUAUCAAUCUAAAAAUGUUUCUACCAUAACAGGUGGUUGAUAUAUAAAAAGAAUAUAUAUUUUCAAAGCAGCAUUUCUGGAAACAAAAUCAACCAUCUAGUUGUA